GGCAUGUUGUCUUUGAUAGAAAUACUUACUCGCCAGUCUCUUCUCGUGCUCCUUUCCCUUCAGACCCAAAACAGUGACAGGGCUUGUCUGACGUGGAGAAACAGUCUGGCACAUUUGACAGGCCUCUUCCCCAUUUAGCGUGGCCCCUGUUCCGUCGUCAUUCGCUGUGUAACUCCAAAUCGCCGAACCCAACUCCGCAAACAUCCCUCCCCCACACAAUCCAGCCCUCCUUCAUUACCUUUGUACCUAACCUAUAACUAACCUAUUCUAUCCUUCUUAAAGCAUGUUUCGCGCGCAUUCUAAUAGACGUUAAUACUUCAUCUUUACCUACUCGCAAAACUCCCGGCGCGAUUGCCAUUCAUCGAGUCGAAAUCCCUCCCUAGAUUCCUUCCGCAUCCAUAGCCACGUGCAGGAGCUCCUCAGAGCUCCACCGGUCGGCGCCGACAAGAUGGUCGUACCGAGAAAGGGAGGAGCUUAUGCAGAGGAGUCGGCGGAGGUCGAGGUCCUCUUCGCCAACAUGGAGAAAAUGAAAGGCUUGACCAAGAAGAUACAAGGCUCCCUGAAUCGAUUGGAGACGAGCGGCAAGACGGUUCAGGAUUCCAUUGGACCCAUAUAUGGCAAUACCCAAAGGCUCCAGGUCACGAAUACAAACAUUGACCGUGUCAUCGAUGCGAUCGACAAGCUCCGGGCUCCUGUGGACCAGACGAACCGGGAGGAACGGAUCAUACGUGCUGGCCCACGCAAGGCAGAUCUUCGCGACUACUUUGCCUCCCUCGACCGUACCACGCUUGCGCUCUCCGACCUUAAACGCUCGAAUCUACGCUCGAACCAGCAGGCUGUUACCGAGCUUAGCGGUCUACUGAAGCUUGGGACGAAGCAAUUGGAAGAUGUUUUCAGGGAUAUAUUGAGGGAUAGCUCCGCUCGCACGGUGGAGCCUCUCGAAUACGUUGCUAAGAACAACCCAUUCCCUGUCAUCGCCGAGAAAGAUAUUUCCACCCUUCGCUCUAUCAACUCGCAUAUUUCCAAUUCGUUCAAGCAGCUAGCUCAGCAAGGCAACCCCGAGACACCAACGCAGAGGAUCUAUGCAGAUAUCAGGGGCGAUUACAUUAUGAGCUCCCUGCGGACGCUCGCAGCUGCCUCAAUCAACACUGCACGCAAGGUCACGGCAGAUGCCAUAUACAAGCCUGGAACGAAUGGUAUUUCCAUGUACGCACAAGGAAUGGAAGGGUUGUUCCUGGCGGAGUACGAGAACGUGUGCCCGAUCUUUGCGCGCGAAGAAUGGGGAACUGUUUACACAGCCACCUGCAUGUCGUCGCUGGGUGAGUUCUCCAAGACUCUACGCGAAUUGAAUGGACACAUUCAGAAGAACAUGAUGACGGAUUGCUUCCUUGGAUACGAGAUCGUGGACAUCGUCGCCCGACUGUCCAUUCAACUGGAGACGAAGACUGGAGAGCUGAAACGCCCAAUCUACGACACCAUGAAGCCAAUCCGUGAAACGUCGAAGUUAUCUCUAGGCAAGCUACUAGACGAUACAAGAGCCAGGGCGCAGGCGCUCGUCGCCCUGCCGGGUGAUGGAGCAGCUGUUCCGCUGACGACCGAGACCAUGGUUCGAUUACAGACCAUGACAAACUACCUCUCGCCCCUGUCAUCGAUCAUGACGUCUCUGGGCGACGGUGGCUGGAAAACGACCAACCCAGCUGCAUCAUCGAACAGCUCUCUGCCAACCAUGAAAGCAUUCGACGUGGGCGCCGAUGGAAAGCAGCUGUUUGCACAUUACGCUUCCGACACGAUUGAUAUGCUGUUACAAAACUUUGAGGCCAAAUCGCGAUUGCUGCUGAAGUCCAAGAGUUUGCAAGGUGUUUUCCUCACAAACAAUGUGGCGAUUGUCGACAGAAUGAUCAGAUCAUCCGAGCUACAACCGCUCAUGGCCAGCUACGCAGGCAAACUCGAAGCCUGGCGGAAGAAGGGCACUGCGAUGUACCUGGAUGCCUGGCGCGAGCCCUCCGCAUAUCUGCUCGAUGUUCAGUACACUAACCGUAAUGCACGACCUCAAUCCAGUAGUGCAAACGCAACCGAUUCCGUCGCCAUCGUCAAGGGACUAAGCUCCAAAGACAAAGAUGCCAUCAAGGAGAAGUUCAAGAACUUCAACACAAGUUUCGAAGAGCUCCUCUCCAAGCAUAAGAGUUAUAAACUCGAACGUGAAGUGCGCACACAGUUGGGACGGGAAGUUCAGACCAUCAUUGAGCCUUUAUAUGGCCGAUUCUGGGACCGUUACCAUGAGAUUGACAAGGGCAAGGGCAAGUAUGUCAAGUUUGACAAGGGCCAAUUGACAGCCGCGUUGACCAGUCUGUCAUGAGAUUUGGUGCGUGUGGUGCGGGCGUUUUUGGAGUCUUCCAUCUUCUUAUUCUUGCAAAAUACCCUUUGGUUUCACGAUUUAGGCUGGAUGAUAGGAAGCGGUGGAACAAUGCCGUGGACGUUCAGUGGAUGCUGUGUCAUUGUGAUUGGAUGUGCCAGGAUUGCUGGUCGGAACUUGUUGGCAUCGGGUGGAUUCUGUGGUGCCACGCAACGUUACAAGAAUUGAUCGUUCGAAUAUAUAAUAAUAAAUACCUCGCUCACGC